ACAUGUGUGGCCCCUCUAUGGACCAGUGGUGUUAUCUUGCAUAAUUAUCUAUCCAUUAAUUGGCAGUUUAGCUGCAGAUGCAUUCACUGACUGAUGAUUUUUAAGAGCCUGCUGCACCUACACGCUGUGGACAACCCACGUCCAGAGAAAAAGAGCUACGUAAUCUAUGUGUGAGUGUGUAUUUUCGUGAGUGGAUGUGUGUCACAGACGGACAGACGGGCGGACAGACAGCAUCUCCUCUCUUCUCGCAUCAGCAUCACGGGGGUUCAAUCGCUCUCCUCUCUCUCUCCAUCACCGAAACGUAGGAGGCGUCUGUCCAACCUGUGGAGCCUGUGUGUCUGUCUGUCUCCGUCUGUGUCCGCCUGUCUGCUCCCGGAGAUCACUUCACACACCUCGCCCGUGGAGUAGUUGUAGUUUGGAAAACAAUAAAACCGGUUUUACUGGCUCCGUAUUGAAGGAAAUCUCAGCUGUCAUUCCGGAAGACUCAUCCCAUUGUCGCCUCGAGGAGUUGAAGCGAACAGGUGGGGACACAGAUUUUUAAUUCCUUUUCGAUUUUCCUCAAAAUUCUUUCCAAUAUAUUCUCCGAAAAUAAAUGCUUUUAAAUUAUAGUAUGUUAAUUUAAUUCAUGUGGUGAUAUAAUAGUCUGUAUUUGAAUUAUUUUCCUUUUACCUCGAAUGAUAGUAAAUCCAUUCAUGAUUUUUUUUUUCUGUGGGGCUGAACCCAAAUCCUACAGGUGGGAUUUUCAGCCACCUUCAGAGCCAAUUUGGUUUUUUUUUAAAAAGACAAAAACAGGCAGUUUCACUCUCAUAUUGACUUGAAAAACCUGUUAGAAGGGGAAAGCAGGGCGGUGGCAUCGUUUUUUUCGUGUGGAUUGUCACGCGUUUAAAUACUGAGCGCUUUCUCAUGGGUUUGGUUUCUGACAUCCACACAGCUGUGCGCGCGUGUCAUUUGGGAGCCAAUCAAGCAGCCAUGGACUCGAUAAUGAAGGGUUUCUCCAAAGCCAAGGAAGGGGUCGCGGCAGCGGCGGAGAAAACCAAGCAGGGAGUGACUGGAGCGGCUGAGAUGACGCGAGACGGUGUGAUGUUUGUAGGUGGGUGCUGAGGGUUCAAUCUAAUUAGAUCGUGCUUUCACAGAUGUUGAAUAAGAAGGAGUCUAGAUGAUGAAAAAUGGCACUAUUAUGAUAUUUUCUGCUACUUCACACUCUAAUUCAAUAGAUAAUGUGUCAUCGUGGGGCUUUCUUUGGCAUAUGUCAUAUUUUUGGACUAAUUAAGCAUCAUUUGUGUUUUCCUCCAGGUACCAGAACAGUGGAUGGAGUCACAACAGGUAAUACAAUAUAUUAGCAAUAGAAAAGAGGGUAACACUUUACAAUAACUUGUAAAUGGUAAAUAGACCAUUUAUAAAUACUAAGCAGAUAGUUUAUUAAUGUUUAAUCAUCAUUUAUAAAUGGCAUUUUACAAUUUGAGAAACCUAACCCUAACUUCACAAUAACCAUCUAAGUAAUGUUUAUAGAUGGUUUAUAAACCAAAUAUUUACCAUUUACAAAGUGCUACUGACACACAUUUUAAUCUAGAUGUCUUACAACCAAUAUUUAAACCCUAUAUAUACCUUUAAUAAAUAGUCCAUUAAUAAUUCAUAAAAAAUAUUAAUAAUAAUUUCAUUUCUUGUUAAUGGUAAACUAUUAACUUACAUUAAGAAACUUAAAUAAAUAAACAAUUUGCCAUUUAUGAUUGGUCUAUAUGCUGUUUUUAAAUGAUGAUUAAACAUUAAUAUACUAUCUAUUUACCAUUUAUGGUUAUUGUAAAGUGUUACUGAAAAGUGUAUGAACAUCUCUUCUCUUUUGUUUAAAAACAUGCCUAUUUUUCAUGGAAGCCCUUCGUGGACACAUGCCUACAUUGUAUCAUCAUAAAGUUUUGACUUUGCCAGUCCCGAAAUAGAACCAGCUAAUGGUGAUCCCAAUCAGAUCUAUCAUUUAAAACUCCAACUUGGACACUUGGAGGAACAUCAGUAACCUCAUUGAAAUCUAAGAUGGCAGCGUUGUCUAUCCAUAGUUGCAAAAACUAUAUGUUUAAAAGUGUUUCUGAGCAACUUCAUUUUGUUUUGUGUAGUUAAAUCAAUCACAUCAAUAGUGUGGUGCAAGCUUUACCUUCCUCCUGUGUUAGUUUUUGCUAUGCACCCUGUCUCAAAUCAGCUGCAAAUUACCCUAAAAACAAUUCUCUAUCAUCUGAUUUGGUUCUCAUGUCUAGGUUACCUUGUAAGGCUUCAUUACCCAUAAAAAUAAUGGUUAUAAUAUUUUUUGUUGUAGGUCUCUUGCCCUUUCUUUGUCAGUAUACCCCUCAAACAGUCAUCUAUACUGAAUUGAUUUCACAUGUCUGGACAUGCCCGACAUUGUUUUUGUGCAGGAAAAAAACAGGCAAAAUGAGACUUUCCUAAAUCUCACAUGAUUGGAAAAGGAUCUGAAAGGAUCUGACUAACAGUGUGGUGCCUGACAGCACACAUAUGAUUUUAAUUUUUGCUCUAAUUAUUGAUUUUCAAUCUAAUCGGGUCGACAGUAACCCUAACAUGACAAGUGCCAUAAUUAUAAUGAGAGCAUUUUAUAAUUUAGCCAAUUUUUUAUUUUAUUUUAUUUUUUUGUUCAAAUAGAGGUUCCUGACAAAGUCAAAAAGUCUUGAUGCAAAAAAGCUAAUUCAAGUGGUUCUUCUAAGCAUUUAAAAACAAAAACAGGUCAGUGCAGACCCUAAGACAGGAGGAGGGUUUACUAUUCUUGGAUAAAGAGAAAAUUCAGUUUUUACACCGAGAAACAGCUGAAGGUGACUUAUUAGCAGAGGGUUUUGUUAUCUAAAGAUAAUGAGAUAAGUUAGCCAUGAUCUUAGGAAACAACCCUACUUGUUAACAAAGGAAAACAGAGGAAUUAAAAUCCUACAAACUACGACUUUAAAGGGACGUUUAUCACAAGAUUCAUGAGAAAUGCUCAUCACGCUGCAUCCUCAGGUGGUCAAUAAGGGAGAAUAAUGAAUUUUCCUCUGGAGGUAACUAAGUGUCAUAUAUCACAACUGUACUCAACACAACCUGCCCAAGUCCCCACGGACCAGGCCUUGCCAUUUCACAUACAUAACAAGCAGAGAAGCAGGGGAGACUUCCUGUUACAGGCACCUAGGGAAAUGUCUGUGUCGCUGUAUAUACAGCUGCAAGUUAGUGUUUUGGAGGCAGGAGCUAUAAGAGAUGUAUGAUGAGAGGCUGUUUUAUUAAAGUCUGAAGGAGGGUUUAUUUUCUCAUAAGGGCAAGCAGCCCACAUCAGGCCACUUUCAUGAGGUCCAAAUAAGCAGAGAUGAUGAUCCCCUUAGGCAGCUAAAUCAAGAUUAAAGCUUUAGUUUUAUUCAUAUUUAGGCAUUUUUCCCCUUAAGUAAAGCAAUGCUGAACUAGAAAGGCCUUAUCACUGGUUUUGCACGUGCCAUUUGUGAUCUGGUUGACAAAAAAGGGAAAAUUUACACUAUUUUACUUUUUUAUCUGCUCUGUUUUUCUUAUGAACUUAUGUGCUUUCAAGGUUUAAAUUGUGAACCUUUGAUUGUAACCACUGGUGUGGAAAACAUCACACCAAACCCUCUUCAAUAAGGAGAGUUAUGAGUUAUUAUUGGCAUUAUUACAAAACAUACAUUUCACCUGAAUGAAAAAGUUGCUUUGUGUAAAAGACUGUGUGAAAUCAAGUGGACCCUGAUGCCAAUGUGGAGUCCUAAAUCUGUAAUUCCUCAACUGUCCACAUGAGGCUGGCUGCUAAAAUCAGGGAAAGCCCAUUAGGUCCCAUGUCAAAACAAUGAACUAUAAGCAACAGUAAAUAUGCUGACAGCUGAGUCAAAGACAGUUUAAGUCAUUUCUCAUUUGUACUUUUGACUAAAGUUAUACUUAAAUUUGCAUAAUUAAGGGCAAUCCUGAGUUUACAGACAGGUGGGAGUACCUUAGCUCCACCUCUUCACUGGUUUUAUCAGUCGCCCAAAAGUGAGGUUAAGUCAGCGUUUUACAACAUGGAGACGUUGUAAAGCUUGGUGAAACUUGGAACGGCAAAUGUAGAGAGUCUAGAGAAAUCUGCCCCAGGCUAAUUAUGAAGUUUAAUAACAUGAGUGAUGAUCCAGUUUAAAUUGUUGUGCAGGGCGUUUCUAAAAUGAAGGGUUAUUUAAAUAGCUGUGUUUACCCAACACUGUGUAGACUGUUGCUACAGUAGGCUGUUAAAAGUAGUCAAAAUCUACAUCUAUCACUGCUCAUCAAAAUAUUGUGUUUUAUAGAUGCCAACUCUGAUCCCUGGUAUAUACCAAUUCUUGAAAUAAUCACUACCAUGCUGUUUGUUCACCUUAUCGCGAAAGUUAAUUGUCAUUUUAAGCUCUAGCAUCUCUAUCAAGUCAAAGCAAGCAAUAGUAAAUUUAUAUUACCAGUACAUCACACUUGAAGUUGAGUAUACAAAUGAAACAGUAGGGAAAGUAACUCGGAUUCCCCAUUUAUAAUCUACUGCUAAAAACUACAGAGGAGUCAUAACCAUCACCAGUAAGGUAGUUCUCUCACAGUCAACAUAGAAGCUUUGCAGUCCAGUACUGCUGCACCUGUGUCAUGUUUAUGUACAUCACUCCAUGUUAAUCCCACAGGAAUUAAGGAACUAUAGACACACCCUCCUCAAAUGCCCUGCUCUGCUUUUGUCUUUGUAGUCGCUGGUAAAACUGUCACUGGAGUGUCUCAGAUGGGUGGAGCCAUGGUUACCGGGGUAACAGCUGUGGCCCAGAAAACUGUGGAGGGUGCAGGCUCCAUUGCUGCUGCCACAGGAUUGGUCAAGAAGGAUCCAGCCAAACCAGUAAGAAAGAUAUCGCUCAUUUACAGUUCGUUUGGUUUCAAUUUCAAGAUAUCAGUCAUCGAUACUGAUCUGACUGACAAAGCAGCUCCUGCUCUCAGAGAGUGAAUGUCGUGUAAAUGGAUGAAUAAAAGACAAAUAGUGUAUGUAUAUAAGAAUAGCCCAUCCAUGAAAAUGUUGGUGUUUGGCUCCUAAAUGAAAGUAUAUGAAUGGAGAACUUCUUUUAAAGCAUCAAGAACUUCUUAUAUCAUCACAAUAUAGCACUUGAAACACAUGUUCAACAACCACCACAUACACAUACACAAGCAUGAGUUAACAUGGUGGAAGCCAAACUAUGCUAACAUUAGCACCCUACCUCCUACAAAUGAUUACCUACCUCGUUCAUAAACGCGUUUCUUUCCAUCAUUUAUCAGAAAUGCUAAGAAUACUUUGUCUUAAGAUUUUUUUUUUCAAAGUUUUCAUUUUACUUUGUAGAAAUGAAUGGUAUAAUAGUAAAUCCUGUUGAAAGUAUAUUUUAAUACUUAUGUUUAUUAUCUCUAUUUUGCCUAAGACAGAGACUUGCCAGUUUUUCAGUUGGACGUUGCUCUCCUAAACAGUAGUUUUCUCUGAUACAAUAUGCUACGAUACAAUAACAUAUGAUACCAGGAUGAGAUAUGACACAAAACGGCAUGAUAUGACGCAACAUACGAUACAAUUUGACAUGACACGGUAUGAUACGAUACCAUAGGAUAUGAUACGAUAUGAUCCAUUAUGAUCCAAUCCAAAAGAUCUGAUAGGAUACAAUCCAACAUGAUAUGAUCUAAUCUGAUAUGAUACGAUGUGAUACGGUUUGGUCCGAUACGAUAUGACAAGACAAGAUAGGAUAAGAUAUGAUUCGAUACAAUAUGAUGCAGUGUGGUACUAUUGGAUGUAUGGUGGUGAGCUUAAGUUGCACUACGUUACGUUGCACUUGAGCUACAGGAGAGUUUCAUCCUAUGACUUUUGAUGUUCUACUCAGCCGUUUUCAACAUAAAUAGAGUGAAAAAUGUAUAAAAGAAAAACGCUAACAGUAGCUAAAAUAAUGCACUGUUAGUCAAGUGUCUUACACCUGGGGCCACAUGUUCAAAACUAAAAAUUUUGUGUUGUCAGUUCGCACCAGCUGAUUCCUGAGACAGUCUGAAACAACACCGUGACACAUACCUGAAGAGACGGUAGAUUGCAGCACAGAAAGUUCCUCCAUUUCACGUCUCCGUCUUUCAGCGAGAAGUGUUUGCUGGGUCAAAAUAGCCUUCUGACCUUGACUCAUCCAUCUUCACUUCUCGUGUCUGCUGUACCUCUGUGAAAUGAAAGACGUUACACAUUGUUAGCUCUCUUGCAUUGUUCAUCAGUCAGUCUGGCCAUGGUUUGUCAGAAGGAGGAGGUAGUUUACCGUAGCAAUCAAUUCACUGCGGCAAUACAAACAUGAACAGAGACAACAAUUUUUCUCUCAGUCACAGGGCUGGAUUUGUUGAUAAAUCACCAACUGGAAAUAGUAUGAAGUAAUGUGUCUAUCCGGCAUUGUUUUGCAUUUUCUGAAAAUACCGUGAUAAUAUCGUUAUCAUGAUAUUUUCAGGCAACAGUAAAUAUGAGAAUCUGAUAUCAUGACAUCCCUGGUGUCAAGAGUACACAUUUAUUCAAUUAAAGUUAUAAUAUUGACUUUGUAGGUGCUAUAUAAAUACAAAAAUAUGUGCAAAACACCAAUCAAUAACCAACUUUGCUGUAUUUCAAGAGUAACCAGCGACUGGUGACUCAUCUCUUUCAUGCGUCACAAUGUUUAGAGUCCAGUCAGAAACUUAAGAAGCACUGACAUGUCUCGGAAACUAACUCUUCCAGCCAGAGUUAGUCUCCAUCUCUUUUCAAAGUUUAUUUGAUUUACUUUCAAUCAAAAACAAUCUUGAGCUUGUUGAAAUAACAUUGAACUGAAGUGAACUGUAAGAUGUAAAAAUUCCAGCUCUGUUGAACAGAUGUAGAAUCUAUCUAAGAACCUAAAUGCUGAUUGGCUUUAACCACACAGCAUUGAGCAGAUUGAGGUUUUUCAUCUAAAAUGGAGUCUCAGCAACAUUUGCAUACAUAUAUCUAUCUACGUCACAUGGCCGAUCACUGUCUGCUUUCGCUCCCCAUAUGGACCGAUUUCCCUGCACACACCAAAGCCUGUUAAAUCAACAUUACCACUCAGGCUACAAACCUACUGCAGAAGGAGAGCAGCACACACGCUAAAAAACUAGACCUCCGUCUUUACUUUGAAGUAGAAAAAUUUAACAAUAGGAACAGAUGGCCUCCAUAUUCUAAUUCUUCUUGUUUACACACACAAAAAAAUCAUAUCCGUUGUAACACUUCCACAUGGCUGAAUGACAAAACUCAUAAGAUUGGACAGAAUUCUGGAGGGAGGACUACUCAAGUUUUCCUGUGAUAACCAUAACAUCGCUUUGAAUAUCAGGAAGUUAUAAGACAAUUAUCUCCCAGAGCGUGGCAAACAUUUGUUGGAAGUUUGUAAUGACGCGCAAUCUCCCUUUCCUGUUAAUGAGCUGUGAAACUCAGGGGAAUCCAUAGCAUUAAUUAAGACACCAAGACGUAGAGGCACACACACACAUAUGCAUGCACACACAUUUCUUCAUCUCUGCUUUUAUUUGAGGUGAAUAGUGAAAAUUGGGCGGUAAAGAGUAGUAAAUGAGUAGAUUAUUUCACUGAUUUUGGCAUUAACCGACGCCCGAAUCAUGUGUUUUUCAGGAGCUCCUUCCCCAGCUCGUUUUAUCUUUUUUUGGAGCAGCCAAUCCAGGGCUUCAUUUUCCUCAGCAGUUGUGUUAUUACGGCAGCUAGACAGCUAAUCGUGGUAUUCACCCUGAAGGAUAAAAAGCUCCACCUGAAAUCUGCUCAGCCUCAUUAUGAAAAAACCCUGACAAGCCAAACUGGCAGACGGCAGCGUAGACAAACAGAUGGACAGACAGACAGACGUAGAGUAGACUGACCAUCGGAGGACUAAACAGGUAAAAAAAAAAAAAAAAAAAAAUCAAAUUAAAUCCUUGUUCUCGAUGAAAGAGAUUGACAUGCAGACAGGAGCAGAUCGUCCUCAUUUAUCCAUCAUUCCCAGGCGGCAGAGCCAUUAGACGCCGUUAAUAUUGAUUUCAUUUAAAAAAUUGAUGCCAGGUUGAGAGAGCCCCAUCAAAAAAAAAAGGUUUCCCACAACACACACACACACACACACACACACACACACACACACACGAACACACACUUGCAAAGAGAUGAAGGUGGGAGUCUGAUUAAUCUCCUCAUCUUCUUGUUUCGCCAAUUCAUCAGUAGCUGGUGACUCAUAUCGUGACACACAAAAGCCAGAGAGGUAGAAGAGAGGAAAACCACAGUGAGGAAGAGGAUGAGUGGUAGGAAGAGUGUUUAAUGAAUAAAAAGUGGUCUUUUGCACACCAUUCAAUCGAUAAAAGUGCUGUGUUUUAAUACUGCUCAGAGAUAUCAGCUGUUUUUCCUUUAGAAGAUUAUAUCAACAAAUCAGGCUUUAUUAAAAAUGAGUAACCACUGGCCAAAGUUUAAUCUAACAAGGCAAACAAAAGUCUGUCGAUGGCGUACCAAAAUGUGUGUGUACAUGUGUGUAUAAGUAAGCGCACACCUCUGACUCAGCUGGGUAAACAGACGGCGGCUUGAUGGGUGGCGUUGAAUUCAACAGCAGGAGAAGAAGAAGAAGCAAUAACUACUGGUUUAAGGUUAUGUCAGCCGCUGGUGAGCGCGUCAUCCGCACACCUCACACAAGAGUGUGUUCACGUCAUCACACUGUGACCGCUCCUCAUUAACAAAGGUCUCCUCAAUGACACGGUGUAAUCAAAGCAUCCUUUUUUUAGCCAGUCAGAGGACACGUAGCUGACCUCAACUUCCUCAACAAUGAAUGAAGGUUCGAUUCAAAGACAAAAUAUAUUCUCUGCUGCUUCACUUUAGAGAUGUAACCAGUCAAACUCGUCUAAUUAAACCCAGAUACAUGGAUGUGACUGUGCUCAGUUGGUCCUUAGAGGGAAAUGACUUUCUUCUCAUGUCAAGGCCACUCGGCAGCCUAUUACAACCAGUAAAUCCAUGUGUACCUGCGUUUUAAAUACCGUUGAGUGGGUCAUGUAGUGUGUGUCUCAUAGAAAUAUCCACAUCACUUACCCUUCAGGGAUCAGUCCAUGCACAUGUGUCAGGAUUACAGUUUUAUAUAUAAGGCAUGGGGGCAUAUAAAAGUGCGACUCAUCCAAGUACCCUGAACUCUCUCAUCUACAAGACUUCUUCGUUUCAUAGCAGCAUCAUACUGAAGUGGCAGUACAAUACAGACAAAAACAUAAAUACUCGCUCAGAGACAGGUCAAAACAUCGAAGGCAAUUCAUAGCAAGUAGCCAUCGUUUUACAAUCCAAGGAUAGUGCUCUUCUCCUGCGGAGGAGCUCUCAAAGACUCUCUAAUUCUUACUGUGUAAACAGGCUGAGAGAACAUUAAAUAAAUGAAGCAUUAGCUGAAUUGAGACACUGUUUGUCUAUCUGAAAAUGUUCAAAUGAGGUGCACUGCUGCACAACGACACAGAUGGGAAGAAGUAUGAAAUUGAUAAGCCCAAUAUUUGUGUUAAACAGAGAGGCUGGCCGUCCAUUUCAUCUUGUCUUUCUGUAUUUAGCAGCAUUUGUUCUCAAACUUCUACCUAUCUGCAUUAAAUGGGUUCUCUUCGUUUCUUUUACCAUCAAAUGGCAUUAUACUUAAAGUUUUGGGUUUGUUUCCUUUUUCAGGGUGAGGACCCCGCAGCUUUACAGACCCUGGCAGAGUCACCAAUCGAUACUGAUCCUGCUAGUAUUACAGAGGUAAGACUCCAUGACAGGCAAAGAGGGAGUGAGAGUAAAGAUUGAGCUGCCAAAGCUUGAAACUAUGAACAUCCUUAGCAUGAUUUGUGAAACUGAAGAAGAUUAAAAGAAUAAAGACUAAAAAAAAAAAAAGGCCUCAAAUAUAGUCAGAAAUUUGUUAUCCAUGAGGUCGCUGAGCUGAUGCUAGAUGAAGUUUAACUGGUUACCGGAUACGAAACUUGACUUUAUGUUUUUGUUUUGGAGAAUUAAGUUAUUUCUUUAUCCUCACAAUACCACAGGGGUGCUCAAAGUUUCAGUAAAUAUUUUUAAUUUUUGUUGUUAAAUAUGACCAGAGUAGGACACUUUCCAGUUUGAAAAAGAAUAAAAAGACUGAGUUUACAUUCAUCGGGAAAGAAACCUCUCUGAUCAUUAAACCAACAUUGUCUUGGCUGCUGUACACAGUUAAUGAGAGAUACCGCCAUUACAGGUUAUUUACACAGAGGACAGUCAAUUAACCGCCCACCUCUUGUCUCUCUUCUCUCUCAGGAGGACUCUGAUAACUGAAAUGAUCAAUCACAAUCAAAGAUGAUCAAUGACCGAGACAUUCCGUGUUGCUCUGCCAAGUCCCGUCGUGCCUCGUUUUGGUCCUUUUACGGCGUCUGUGCCCAACGUCAGUGUGUGUGUCGUAACUAAUGUAUGUAUGUGUGUAUGUACGUACGUACGGCAGUGUGUGUAAAUGUUGUAGAUAAGGAGAGACAUUGUGUGCAUGUGCGUGUGGGUGCGUUUGACAUUUACACAUCAGUCCUGGAGGAGGAGACCUCAGGUGUGUGUCGCCUGUGACCAGCUGCCACUCACAGUGUUUCCCUUCCACUGAGAACGCCACCCGGUCAUUGUGUGUGUCUGUGUGUAAAACUCUAAAUGUGUGGCCGUGUCAAUAACUCAAACACUGAAAUAUACUACAAUGUACCACUUUAAACACCUAAGUGUCUCUAUAGAAAUGAACUAAAUGCAGUGAUCUGUCUGAAAUGGAAGCAUAACGAUAUUCUCUAUUUUUGUCUGUACAAUGUCACUGUUUUUCGCGAUGGAUCUUAAAGUGCUGAGCUAUUUGUGCAUUCAUAUUGUAACUGAGGUUGUCAAUGCUAGAACAGAUAUGUAUCAAACUGAAUGGACUUUUGAAAACCAAGAGCAUGUAUCAAACCGAGCAGCUUACUGCUGUGAUAUUAAUUUCUUUGGAGUUAUGUGUUGAAUAAAUUAUGUUGAAAGGUGUGUUGAUGCUUGAGGUGCUUUUGUUCUGUG